UUUGCUUUUGAAAAAUUUAAAAUUUUCAAUGAUUUUUCUUUCAAAAUAUUGUAUAUAAAAUUCAUUGUCAUGUGCGUAUCCAUCGAUGAUCUGUUGUACUAGACGAUCUUGAAGUUAUGGUCUUCCCUUGGAUGCAUCUGUCCACCACUAUGUCAAUUCACUAUAAUUAAAUGAUUUCUUUUUCGCUAGGCCACUAUUAUGGGUUCGGUCAUAAAGAGAAUCGGAUGGGAUUGAGUUUCUCUUUAGAGGGCCAUGGUUAGAGUUCUAUUCUAAAGGGAAACCAACUUAUUGGUGAACCAUAUGAUCUAAUGUUUUUUUGGGUGAACAAAUAAUAAUCUUAUUUACGUACACAUGAGAUACAUGUGAGGGAGUCACGCUACACAAAGUCAAAUCAGUAGCGUUAUUUGUUCCAGGUCUUGAAUAAAGUGAGCUUAGGUUCACAUGUCUGGAGUCGAAGAAUGUUAUCUCAGUCACGCUCAUCGUUGAUUCAUGAGUCACUCUAUAUUUGGCUUAUUGUGAUCUAACGCCAAUUUGAUUUAGAGUUGAUGGGCUGAUAGUCUGUUCAAUCCUCAUUUGUCACCAAGAUUCACACUCUGGAUUUAAACUGUAAAGUAUAGAGUUAAAAGAUGGUCUAGAACCACUAGUCUCAAGACUCUCCACGACUUCUAUUUCAGACUAACUAAUUGAUUCCUUCUUAUAAAUACUUUAAGUGCUGAAUAAUGACGAGAGCCUAAAUGUUUUUUUUUUGUCUACAACAAUAGUCAUGAUAACUUUAAUUUAUUAAUUAUAUUUAUAGUUAGUUUUAUAAGAAAUACCGUGACAACAAUACAUAAAAUAUGAUUUUCAAAUAAUAUAUAGAUAUUAACUUUGUCAAUAAACAUGGUUUAGCCAAUUUGUGAUGAAGUUCAGUAAUACCAUGUCGGAUUGAGACACAAGUCCAAACUAAUAUAUUCUUUCUCUUAAUUAUAUCCUAACUUUUGGGGCCUAGCUACUAGGACAGUGACUCAUCGUUUACUUUUCGUGGAUGUGGUUAGUCUUCUAUGAUCUACUCAAAGAAUUGAAUAUAUCAACAACCUGGUAUAUUAAAAUUCUUAAUUAAAUAAUAGUUGUUAUAUAUAUACUCUAUCUGUGUCAUUUUAAGUGGUAUUUAAAAUUUUUACACAAAGAUUAAAAAAAUAUAAAAUUUUAUAUAGUUUAUCUUAGUAAUAUAAAAAUAUCAUUGGAAAAAAAUAGUUCAACCAAUAAAAAAAUAUAGCAUUUUGUAAUUGAUAACAAAUUAUAAUAACAUUAAAUUUUAUUUAAAAUAGUAUAAACGUACUUGAAACAAAUAAAAAUCUUUAAACACUAUUUAAAAUGAUACAAAUAGAAUAUACGUUAUACUAUAAUGUAAGUUUCGAAAUUCAUGGUAAAAAUGUAAGUUUCGAAAUUCAUGGUAAAAAACUUCCAUUUGGAGUUGCUCAUAGAUAAGUCUUUUAAACUCAAUCUCUCAACCAUUUUAUAUUAAUAUAUUAGAAAAUGAAUAAGUGGAAAAAAAAUCUCUUCAAAUGUCCCUUAAAUUUCUUAAAUAAAAAAAACCAAGUAUCUACUUCCAUUUUAUUUUAUUAAUGUUAUUGUUUUUUUUCAGAGAUUAUAGUAUCAUUAGUGGUGCUCUAAUAUUAAAACUCUUAGAGUACCACUAAUGCGGAUGCUUAAGAGAGUGCUAAAGGGUGGGUUCCACCAAGAGAGAGGAAACACCGGUGCCAAAACUGCCAAAUUAAGCAUCAACGUUUGCACUAUUAUGCGGGUUCCACUGACACGUGGUGAUCCGCAGUUAGUUUGUUUUAAUUUUUUUUUAAUCAGCAAAAAAAAAUGAAAAAAAAUAAAUAAAAAAAAUAAGCACCUCUUCCCCAGGAUUAUAUACACGCUGGGAUGCUCUGGUUGAAAAUUAAAACCCGAAUACAGUUUUUUAUUUAGUCGCAAACGCACCGCUAUGUGGUGUCCCCUUAUAGCCAUAUCACACGAUUCAAAAUCACAAACAGACAAAACACAAAAAAAAACAGAUAUAAUGGCUCUUUGACUCUUUUGAGCUGAUCAGAAAAAUCAACCAAAACGCCAAUAAAGAGGACAACAACACAAACACAAAACAUCAAAGGUAAAUAAGAAGGAAAAAGAAGAUGAAGAAUGGUCUGAUAAUCAUAAGCUGUGUUAUCCUCACUAUAGGAACAUGUGGAGGUCCGUUGUUAACUCGUCUCUACUACACCAAUGGUGGAAAACGAAUCUGGUUCAUGAGCUUUCUCUCAACCGCAGGUUUUCCUGUCAUCCUCGUCCCUCUCUUUUUCUCCUUCCUCAGCCGCCGCAACCGCAACAACUCCGAAACCGCAGAAAAACCAAAGCUUAUCCUCAUGGAAACUCCUCUGUUCAUCGCAUCCAUCGUCAUAGGAUUGCUCACAGGACUUGACAACUACUUAUACGCAUACGGGUUAGCUUAUCUGCCAGUUUCAACUUCAUCUCUCAUUAUAGGAACUCAGUUAGCUUUCAACGCUCUCUUUGCUUUCUUCAUGGUCAAGCAAAAGUUCACUCCCUUCUCUAUAAACGCCGUCGUUUUGCUAACGGUGGGCAUCGUAGUCUUGGCCUUGCACAGCAGUGGAGACAAGCCGGCUAACGAGACUCACAAGGAGUAUGUGGUUGGAUUCUUAAUGACUGUGAUUGCAGCUGUCUUGUACGCUUUUAUAUUGCCGCUCGUUGAGCUUACUUACAAGAAAGCUCGACAAGAAAUCACUUUCCCACUUGUGCUUGAGAUUCAGAUGGUCAUGUGCCUCGCUGCUACUUGCUUCUGUGUCGUUGGCAUGAUCAUCGACGGCGAUUUCAAGGUGAUAUCAAGAGAAGCAAGAGAGUUCAAGAUUGGAGGAUCAGCGUUUUACUACACGUUGAUUAUGAUCACAGGGAUAGUGUGGCAAGGAUUCUUCUUAGGAGCCAUAGGGGUUGUGUUCUGCGCGUCGUCUCUAGCUUCUGCCGUUCUCAUCAGUGUUCUUCUUCCGGUGACCGAGGUUUUGGCCGUGAUUUGUUUCCGGGAGAAGUUUCAGGCGGAGAAAGGUGUCUCUCUCUUUCUCUCCAUAUGGGGAUUCGUCUCUUACUUCUACGGCGAGUAUAAAUCCGGCAAGAAAGUUCUCGAGAAACACCAGCCCCCGGAGACAGAACUGCCUCCUCUUCAAGUUAGUGAUUCUGUUGCUUAAAGGUCUUUUGCUUAUCUACAGGAGAGCAUUAUGGUUAUGAACUUUGGAUUGAAAAGAAUAAGUUAGAGUAACUUUUUCUAUCUAUUGUGUGUAUUUUUUUUGUGCUCUAUCUAUUAUGUUUGUGUAUUUUUCAGUGAAAUUGUUAAUGGUCUUUUGUAUAAUUAAACAUGUUACAAAACUGUAUGUUAUAUGGAAAAGCAAAGCACACCAAAUAAUUGUGUAUAUGUAUGUUUUUAGUUGAAA